AGGAAGCUUUUGACGAAAUAGGCCUACAGCUUAAAUCCGCUGAAAAUGCUGCAAAAGAAGCCGCUUUUGUAUUUCCUGAAGUGACCGUUAGUGACCACUAGGUGACCUUGAGCAAAAUUCUGUUUACACCCUUUAUACCAGGCUUGGUCUAGGAAUGAAUUAUCAAGUUUGCCCGUAAUCGGGUGAGGGCUGUGAUAGAUGCUUUUUAUGAAUUGCAAUCAAAUGACCGCUACUGACCGGCGAGAUCGAAAUUAUGUUGUAACUAACGGAACUGAACCGCCGUGGGAUGUAUAUCCUAACUGCUCUCCAAGUAGGAAUAUAACAUUAACCUUUAUUAAUCCCCAGAAUCAUUAACUACUAUCCAAACUUUUCCACUUUGAGCAGCUGCUUCAUUGCUUAUUGCAAAGCUAUCUGAAGAAAGAGACAGAGAGAAAAAUCUUCCCAAAUUAAUCUGCAACAUUCACUCGUUUUUCUCUUAAAGGUCCAUCAUCAGUAGAUUAUUUCGGGUUGCUACGUUGUACGUUAUACAUGUACUGAAUAAAUUUUUGCAACUUCUUCAAUAUUUCAGAGUUUCUCCAACAAUGGUUUUAUACACGAAAACCACAUCGACCCGUUCUACCAAUACCAAGGUCCCGGAGGGCGUGCUAUGACCCGGAAUGCCCUACCGCCCUACGGCACCAGUCACCGGCUGGCAUUUGGCGGUGACACGCUGACUGAUGAUCGUUGGAGCGGACAGAGAUUCUGCGCGCGAAUCGCACUCGUAUUCUUCAUAGCUUGCGCCAUUGUUUUGACCGUAGGAUUAGGGAUCUUUGUUGCUCUCUAUUUCGCAGGUAGGCACCGUAGGCCUAUAAGGCAGUCAUUAUUUCUGUAAAUUAUACGCGAAAAAACUCAAAGCAUUGCCUAUUAAUUAUUGAACACCUAAUAUUGGACUAUUUUACACCUGUUACUACCCAUGACUUUAUUGCAGGGUUGCCGGGUUUGGUUAAGGUCAGUACAGUCUCACCCACAGUUGGGAUUACUUCUGGUACUGGGGACCCAGGAAAUUCUGCUUUGUCCGGUCCAGUUACUGUGUUCAUGACACUGACAAUUCAGGACACGUUUCGAGAUGAGUACAACAACCCAAUGUCUGAGGGUUACCAGAAUCUUCAAGAUAAAGUUACAGCCACGGUUGGCAACUUAAUAAUAGGAGACAACAAUCUUAGAGGCGUUUACCGGCAAGUGACUGUUCUUGGCUUCAGUGAUGGGAGUGUCCUUGCCAGAAUAAGACUUCUUUUCCUCCGUGCUGUUAUCGACGUUGUUGAAGCUCCAUCCGACCUGAACAUCAUCCUACGGAUGUUUGUAGAUGACGUGAGGGAGCUUAUCCAGAACGGCAUAAACCAACCGGGUUGCUGCGAAGGGCUAGACAUCAGCGGUGUUACAGUUGACUCUGCUACAAUCGCACCAUCUGGGGAAAACACAGUAACUGUUCCUGCCGAUAUGUCGACACAGUCGCAAAGAACCGAGACAGUGGCGCCCAGUGGACCUCAAACUAAUCCACCAACUAAUCCACCACCUGCCCCGCCAUCUGAUCCACCAACCCAACCCCGAACUAAUCCACCAACCCACCAACAAACUACUCCGCCAGUCCAACCAGCAACCCAUCAGCCAGCUGUAACAGCGACCGGUCCACAAACUGUCCCAUCGACUAACCCACCAAGAGGCCCCACCGAUGAGCUCACUGACUCUCCCACAAGUAAUCAACAUACCGAUCCGGUGGUUGGUGUAAUUGCCACUACAGCAGACUUGGAAACAACUGAAGUAGCACAGACUGGAAGCUUUUCAACAGAAGCGCCAACAGAGCCUAUAACUUUUGCCACCACUCCCGACACAAGUGGACUCGAAAUCAUCUUUUUAAGUGCAAACGACUCCUUGACCAUCCGACCUAAUUUGACCUUUCCAUCCAACUCCUCGACCACAACCUGGAUCAUCAGCACGGAGGACCAGUGGCGGAUCGAAAUGACCUUUGUGGAGUUCUUCGGGAAGGUGUCUCCAUUCGCCCUGAUCGUUGGGGACGGGAACGAUCCCAAGGACCAGGCCUCCGUGUUCUACAGACGUGGAUUGGGAGGGAGGGCCGUCCCUCUUCUGCUGUCGUAUGGGAACUCUACUUGGGUCUAUGUGCAAGGCAACCUCCCCGAAGAUGGUUAUUUCACCGUCAGAAGUGUUCCCGCCACAGGUGCCCUGACGUGUCCGUCUGAUAUGUGGGACUGCGGGCAUGCUGUCUGUCUUCCCAACUUCCAGGUUUGCAAUUCAGUUGAAGACUGCAUAGAUGGGUCAGACGAGAACUGCCGUCCUUUGAAUGGAUGCGAUCUGCGUAAUUGUCAAAAUAAUGCAACGUGUCACCCAGUGGGCCUGACUAACUACCGGUGUGAAUGUCUGCCGGGAUUCGUUGGAAGAAACUGCGACUCGGUUCCAGAGUACUUCAACAUUACUGGAAACGAGACAGUGGAAAUAAUUUCACCGAACUUUCCCGACGCAUACCCAAAUUACUACGACAAUGUGUGGAUCAUCCAAACGGACGAAGACGAGAAAGUCCGGAUACGAUUUGUCGAAUUUGGGACAGAACUUGGAUACGAUUUCUUCCAGGUUGGCGACGGCACAGAUUAUCUGAACACCGUUACUCGCUUCUUAAUAUGGAGUGGGACGCUGAAACAACCCCCGACAUAUUUGCUAUCCAGAGAGAAUGCAGCCUGGAUACGAUUCACGUCCGAUAUUUUCGUAGUUGAAAGUGGCUUCAAGCUUUUCGUUUCAAGCGUUCCCUCAACAGAUGUGUUGAGCUGCACCGUCGACGAAUUCGACUGUGGCCAGUCGGUAUGCAUAAAUGCCGCGUGGAGGUGUGACAGGUCGGCAGAGUGUGUGGACACGAGUGACGAAUUUUUAUGCGGCUGUGUCGCCGACCCCUGCUUAAACAAUGGAACUUGCCAACCUGUGUCCUUCUACGGUUUUCAGUGUGCGUGCCCAAGUGAUUUAUACGGGCAGAUGUGCGAGAUAGUCCCAGAGAGGCUGGCUGUUUUCCUCGACGCAGGGGAAGAAACUCAAAUACAAUCACCGAACUACUCAGACAACUACCCGACAAGCAUUGACGUAACCUGGACCAUCGAAACAGUAGAAGGCCAUCGGAUUCUCCUUAACUUUUCGAGUUUUGACACAGAGGUGUCUUUCGACUUUGUGAGGGUCUCAGAUGGAGGCGGCGAAGAUGGAAACAGUACCGAGUUUUUUGUUUGGAGUGGAAGAAAGAGGGCACCAGCUUUACUUUCAAACGGAAAAACAGUUGUGCUCAGAUUUACAUCAGACCAGCUGGUCACUCAAAGCGGUUUUUCUGUGACAGCCAGCAGCGUUUCGUCGAACGUGACUUUGAACUGUUCUGCCGACGAGUUUGACUGUGGACAGUCGGUCUGCAUCGACAGCACCUGGCAGUGUGACUACCAGGCAGACUGCCUGAAUGAGUCCGAUGAGGACGGUUGCGGUGGGAAUUCUAUAUUCGUUGAUGAAAAUGAAACAGUCCGUCUAGCCUCGCCUGCUUAUCCAAACGACUAUCCAGACAAUCUGGACCUCUCUUGGGUCAUCCAGACGACAGAAGAACGGAGGAUUCUCAUCUCCUUUCAAAGCUUUGUCACGGAAGCCGCAGCCGAUUUCCUGACAGCAGGGGACGGUGGCGACAGCGGGGACGAAGAUACCGUCUUCUUUGCCUGGAGCGGAGGCAAGACGCCACCUCAGCUGUUAUCCAGUCACCAGGUGAUGUGGCUUAAAUUUGUCACAAAUUCAGCGACGACAAAAAGGGGCUGGUCGUUAUCUGCCGUCAGUGUGCCGUCCAAUGAAUCACUAGUCUGCCCUCCGGGUACAACUGACUGCGGACAUUCUGUGUGCGGUACUCCUUGUAACGUUCAACGGGACUGCGUGGACGGGAGAGACGAGUCGAAUUGCGAUGGACAGUUCGACGUGUACGUGACUGGGGAAUCCGAGGUGAUAACUUCACCUUUGUUUCCGGGGUACUACCCCAACAACAUUGACUUCACGUGGUUCCUUCGGACGGACCCUGACAAGAAGAUCUCCAUCACGUUCUCGGCUUUCAGCACCGAAGCAGAGGUUGAUUUGUUCCGUGUAGGAGACGGGGUCGUCAGUGAAAACUACACAGGCAUGUUUCUCAGUUGGUCUGGUGCCUAUGUACCACCUACCUUAUUGUCAAGCAGCAAUGAAAUGUGGUUGAAGUUUGAAACCGACGGAGGCUUCAUUCAACGUGGGUGGUCCAUCACGGUUACCAGUGUGCCGGAUACCAGUGAGCUGACCUGUCCCCCGAUGACUCAUGACUGUGGACACUCAGUCUGCAUAGAACCACGUCGGUCAUUUUGUGACGGAGUGACCCAUUGCCUUGACGGCACCGAUGAAGUAAAUUGCGGUUGCAUUGGUGGCCCCUGUCAAAACAACGGGACCUGCCAUGCAUUGACGGGCUUUAAUUUCUUCUGUGAAUGUCCAGAGGAUUUUGCUGGAACACUUUGCGAAACAGUCCCAGAGAACAUUUUCGUUGAUUCGAACGAAACGAAGGAAAUUACCUCCCCUAACUUUCCAAACGGUUACCCCAACAAUGCCUUUGCUGUUUGGGUAGUCCACACAUCAGAAAACAGAAAAUUGCGAGCGGAGUUCGCAAAUUUCAGCACAGAGUACAGUUACGAUGUGGUCAGUGUUGGGGAUGGUGCCGACUCGACACUCGCAUCGACCCGUUUCUUUUCGUGGAGUGGUUCCAAGACCCCGCCGGUUUUGCUUUCAAAUGGAACCGUGGUGUGGAUCACAUUUUCCACGAGCCCCUUCAGCAGUCAGGAUGGCUUUGUGAUACAUGUGACCAGUGUUGCAUCGUCAGAUGUUCUAAAUUGCCAAGUUGAUGAAUUUGACUGUGGCAAGUCCGUCUGUAUCGAUGGUUUCUGGGCUUGUGACUUAGUUCCCGACUGCCUGGAUGGUGCCGAUGAACUGAACUGUGAUGGACACCGUAAUGUGUUUGUCCCUGCCAACGGCAAGGAUCGGAUAUUCUCGCCUCUUUACCCGGCAAACUACCCAAAUAACAUCAUGGCGACCUGGACUAUCUGGACAGAAGAGGACUGGAAAAUUCUCCUCACCUUCGACACUUUCAACACCCAGGAAGAGGCGGACUUUUUCAGGGCCUGGGAUGGUAUCGACCCUUCCCAGGACGAGGACUUGUUGGUAGAAUGGAGCGGAGUGGAGCCACCAGACGUGCUGUCCGUGGGCAAGGCAAUGUCGCUUAAUUUUACAUCUGACGGCAAUGUCUCCACCAGUGGUUUUUCUUUGAUUGCACACAGUGUACAGCUAUCAGCAAAUGUGACUUGUUCGCCGCACGAAUUUGACUGUGGAUUCUUCCAGUGCGUCGAGACCAGUCUAGUUUGCGACCAGGAAAGAGACUGCUACAAUGGGCGUGACGAGAGCGACUGCCAAGAUGACAAAGAUAAACCCGACGACGAUGACGAAGACAAAGAAUGAAAAGAAAAAACACAACAACAACAAAUUUAGGGAAUAAUCAAAAGAGAGUUUCUCCUUGUAAUGUAAUCUUCUGGCGGGCAGUUUUGCGUACUAAGAUGGGCUCCAUUUCGCUCAGUCUAUUAGCAUAUUAUACACCAUCUUGAAGGUAUAUAAUUUUGAAUCUGCUUAACUGAAGGUUUUAACGUAUUCAGUUCUAGCCGUAGAUGAGUAGUUUCUUCACUAGUCUAGUGGUGUGAAAUGAGCAUCGUUGAUAAUCAGCGUUGAGUUGAUAUUCCGUUUAAUGAAAUAAUGAAGAAAAACUAAGAUGGUCUACUAUUUCCUUUGCACUCCCUGCUUUGUUGUGAAAAUUGAUGAUGGGUAAGACGAUAUAUUGUCAGAUUUAGGAAAAAAUCUGAUUAUAUUAUCACUGUAUAAUCAUGCCCAUCUGUUGAUCAAAAUAUCUAUUAGUAUUGUGACAAAAAGUAAAAUUGUAUGAUUUAUUUUUUUGUGCCUUUUAUGCCUCAUGUUUUAUUUUAGUUGGACAGAACGUUGAUGUACAGGACUGCUCUUUAUACCAUUUGACCUGGUUCUAAACUUUGGGCUGUACCAUUAUUUCUCUAGUUCCAUGCAAUCGAGAAAUAGAGAUACCUCUAUUUCGGAAUAAAUUGUCAUUUUUGCGCGCCAUGCGGAUGUUUUUGCCUAUAUUUUGGGGUCCAUCUGUUUCAGCCAUUUUUCCGCUCUUGAUUUGCAUACUCCUAGUUCAUGUGGCCAGGGUAAUUUCUUGUCGUUGUUCCAGGUCUGUGUCUGGGAAGGGCCUCGCCCAAAAUGGAACUGAGUUCUAGGUCGUUAAAAAAUCAAAGUUUGAAACAGGGAGCAACGGUCUUAGUAAUUCGAUAAAUUUAAUUAAAGUUCUUAUUUCCUAUGUGUCACAUAGUGAUAUUAAAUCGGAAUUACUCUUAAAUUAAUAAUAUCGUAUAAUCUUGGCCCUAAGAGUUGAAAAGAUAAACGUGGUAUUUAGUGGUGAAACCAAGAUUUUAUUUUCCUGAGCCGCCACCCCCAAACAUUCCUGAAGUCAGUCAAGCUUACUAGAAUCAUGGCUGAGUGCCAGUUGAGUUGUUAUUGGGAGAUGUAGCCACUCAUUCAUUGAUUUGAAUAAUGAAUAUUUAUGAAGGGCAGCACGCAAAACAUUCUGAGUUCUUUGGAAUGAGGCGUGGCAGUGCUGGAAUUUUUCCUUCGGGUUUAAACAGAAAAGAUAUGGGUUGAUGUGAUCAGUUCGUUCCUGGAUUCCGAGGAGAGGGCAGCAGCCAGCCUGAAUUACUUGUAGUCGUGAGUCAAUGAGUUAGUCUUGAGUGACUUCUAAUUAUGGAAGUAGAAUAAAUUACAUGUACGUUCAGACUGUUCUGAGAAGCGGAAAGCCAGGAAACGCCCAGUUCCUGUAAGUUAGCUAUGUAUAAAUAUGAUAUAUUGGAUAUUUAUUUUAGACAUUUGUUCCUUUGGAAACCAGAUAUUGAGGCAGUGAAAAUGAGAUUCGCCGAGAUAUUGCAUAAAAUCCUAAUUGGUCUAAGUAAUUUGAGUUGAGCUUGUUGCAGCACUGAAACAAUUUAUCGUUAUCUUGGAAGUUGACACAGUUCAUAACACUUCAAGUUUAUUAAUGAAUAUUUGCGUUAAAUGUAACUUGGCCAGAAAAACCAGAAACAUGGGAAUAUGGUUGUAAUUUUCAGGGUUUUACGUUAAGAGGAAUAGGGAGUCGGUUGACCGGUGGUGACAAAAGGAUUGGACCGCGGCGGCAGGACGCAGAAACUUGCCGAGUCAGCCACAGGCCACAGAAGCCGACUACAACGCAACUUGAAGAAACAGAAGCAUCAUGGUGGCGGGACAUAGAGGCGCUCAUCACCUCAUUUGUAUUGUAAUCAAAAAUGUCAAAAUAAGAAAUUAUCCUUAUUUUGUGUUCUUUUAUAAAUGAAUGUAAAUAUUGUGCACUCAAAAUAAAUUUCCAGUAGCAAGUGUGUAUAUAUUUGUGUCUAAGCUACCAAAGGUCUGUCCCUAAGGGAAGGACAACUCUAGGGGUGUGACACUACGCAAUAUUUUUGUAACUAUACAAGUUGUUUUUGGAAAUAAAGAGGACUUCAAAAUGCCUUUUGUAGCUAUGUGGCUGUCAGCCAGUUGUUUCACAUUUGAAUUGUUGAUUUGAUUGGUUCAUUUUAGCUGUUAUUACACAGGAGUAAAGGAAAUCUACCUGAACGGUUUGACAUCGUUCUUACUUGGGAUUCAGGAGUGUUUUUUAUUUUACAAUUUAUUUUUUGAUAUCGUUGAUGAUCAUUUUAGUUUUACCUUGAGUAUCAUUGAACAAGUUGAGACGUCCGUUCUGUUUACAAUACGGGCGAUUCACAAUAAUGCGCCUCCAAGAGUUUGCGACGC